GGAAACAGCGGUAAAAAUCCGUCCUCCUAACAUGACCGCUUCCAACCCGGAAACAGGUUUCAUUCUCUCAUGAAUAAACCUACAAGAGGUGCACGUCUCCAAUUAUAGACAGUGAGAUACAGUAUCAAGGCCAUCCUCUUCAGCAGCCAUGCCACGUAUUGAAAAUGAUAUCAAGCUCGACUUCAAGGACGUGCUGCUCCGACCCAAAAGAAGCACUCUGAAAUCUCGCAGUGAGGUGGAUCUCAUGCGCAGUUUUACUUUCAGAAACUCGAAGGGCAGUUAUCGUGGGAUUCCCAUCAUCGCCGCCAACAUGGACACUGUGGGGACUUUUGAAAUGGCUGUAGCCUUACAUCAAUUUACUCUCUUUACAGCCAUACAUAAGCAUUACAAUGUGGAUGACUGGAAGGAGUUUGCUUCCAAACACCCAGAAUGCUUAGAGAGUGUAGCCGUCAGCACAGGGACGAGUGAGGGGGAUUUUGAGAGAUUGGGGGCCAUUGUGACUGCUGUACCUCAAAUUCAGUACAUUUGUGUGGAUGUAGCUAAUGGCUACUCCGAACACUUUGUCAACUUUGUGAAAGACGUGAGGCAGAUGUUCACUACACACACAAUCAUGGCUGGCAAUGUGGUCACUGGAGAGAUGGUUGAAGAGCUGAUUCUUGCUGGUGCUGACAUCAUCAAAGUGGGCAUUGGACCAGGUUCUGUGUGCACCACUCGUAAGAAGACCGGCGUGGGUUAUCCUCAGCUGAGUGCAGUCAUUGAGUGCGCUGACGCUGCACACGGCCUGAGUGGACACAUCAUAUCUGAUGGAGGAUGUACCUGCCCAGGUGAUGUCUCCAAGGCAUUUGGGGCGGGGGCUGACUUUGUGAUGCUGGGAGGAAUGCUUGCUGGCCAUUCUGAGAGUGGGGGCGAAACAAUAGAGAAAAACGGCACAAAGUACAAACUGUUCUACGGCAUGAGUUCAGACACAGCCAUGAAGAGGCAUGCAGGAGGUGUAGCAGAGUAUAGGGCAUCGGAGGGUAAAACGGUUGAAGUGCCUUACAAAGGGCCUGUGGAGGUGACGGUGAGAGAUGUGCUGGGUGGAGUUCGUUCCACCUGCACGUAUGUGGGUGCUGCUAAGCUGAAAGAGCUGAGUCGUCGUACCACCUUCAUUAGGGUGACCCAACAACUCAACACAGUGUUUGGUAAUGAUAAUUAAGCUAGUUCUAAGGUGUAACCAGGUCCAUAUUGGGCCAAAUCAUGCCAAAUCCAUGCAAAGGUCAUUUUAUUCUCUCCACAGUCAUGCACACAUAUGCUUGUUCCCUCUCUCUCUCACACUCACACAUAUACAGUAUACUUCACAUUGUCAUUUAGCAUUUAAUGUGUAUUUUUGGAUUCACACGUUAGCUUUUGAAUUCACCAGAUUCUGUAUUGGCCACAACAUGGGCUUUCUUUUUUCUUUUUUUUGGAAAACUCUCUUUGGAAACUUGGAAAGUUCAGAAUUUUUUAAGUAUUCAAGGACACUGUAAUGAUAGUGUAGGUUUUGUGCAGUUUGUGUUUUAGGUCACAAUCUGAAAUCUUGAGUUAAUUUUAAGGUAAUUUGUCAAGAAUCUAUUAGAGCCUUAUAUUUUAUCUAAAUAAUUCAGACUUUGUUGUGAAUUGUAUCUAACUGUCUAUGCUUAAUGUCUUAUAAUUCUGUGAUUUUCUGAUUUGAUAUUCUAUUCUCCCUGGACCAAUUCAAAUCCUUUAAUAGAUUAUUACAGUAUUAGCGGUUUGUUAUACAAUAUUCUAAAGACAUCCGUUAUGUACUACCAUUCUAUUAUAUUGCAUAUAUUUGAAGACCAAAGAAGCAAGGGUAUUUUUUACCCUUUUAACAGUUUCUGCUGUGUUUGUAUGUUGGAAAUACAGCAGUAUUACACAAUCUUUCGAAGUCUUAAUACGUUUUUGUCAUAGUAUUAUGCAUUUUAGCCUGGUUUGAUCGUUAGAUAUACCACAGACUCAAAUCUUUUUUACUGAACUCUUAAUUGAGCUUAAUAAUUUAAUUUUUGUCUUUUUGUCAUACUAUUGAUAUUCCAUUACAGUUAAUGUUCUCACUGAUUAUGAUUGAAAUUUGCUGAUGGAGCAGAUUAGAAUGAAUGUGAAAGAAAUAAAACUCAUUUCCCCCCUUAACUAGAGCUAGCUAGUGGACGGUUUAAUUGAAUCCAUAUUGAUAUUGAUCUUUUUUCUUAUAUAUUUCACUUAAAGAUGUUCAGGAGUUAACAUUCCUGUAUUGUAUUCUGAAAAUAAAUAAAUCAAUUAGAUAAUA